GGUUGCCGCGCAAGCGCAGUGGGGGGGCGUGGCGGCCACGGAGGGAGAACGGAAAGGAGCUAAAUCGAGACUGAGAAAUUCUCUUGACUGUGCAUGGAAGGGAAGCUGAUGCGCAGGUGCAACAGUACUCGACCAGGAGAGAUCGGAAUGGAUGUUACUAGCCGAUGUACACUGGGUGAUCCCAAUAAACUGCCCGAGGGAGUGCCCCAACCAGCCAGAAUGCCGUACGUAUCGGACAAGCACCCUCGGCAGACUCUCGAAGUGAUUAACCUUUUGAGGAAGCACAGGGAACUCUGUGACGUGGUGCUGGUCGUAGGCGCAAAAAAGAUCUAUGCACAUAGGGUGAUCCUAUCGGCCUGCAGCCCUUACUUUCGAGCGAUGUUUACCGGUGAGCUGGCAGAGAGCCGGCAGACUGAAGUGGUGAUUCGAGACAUUGACGAGAGAGCCAUGGAACUGCUGAUUGACUUUGCGUACACUUCCCAGAUCACUGUGGAGGAGGGAAACGUGCAGACCCUGCUGCCGGCUGCCUGCCUCUUGCAGCUGGCUGAGAUCCAGGAGGCAUGCUGCGAGUUCCUGAAGAGACAACUCGAUCCCUCCAACUGCCUGGGUAUCAGAGCCUUCGCUGACACCCACUCCUGCAGAGAGCUGCUGCGUAUUGCUGACAAGUUCACCCAGCACAACUUUCAAGAGGUGAUGGAAAGUGAAGAGUUUAUGUUGCUACCAGCCAAUCAGCUGAUUGAUAUCAUCUCCAGUGAUGAGCUGAAUGUCCGGAGUGAGGAACAAGUCUUCAAUGCAGUAAUGGCCUGGGUUAAAUACAGCAUCCAGGAGAGACGACCCCAACUACCACAGGUAUUGCAGCACGUUCGCCUGCCGCUGCUCAGCCCCAAGUUUCUUGUUGGCACUGUUGGAUCUGACCCUUUGAUUAAGAGUGAUGAGGAGUGCAGAGACCUUGUUGAUGAAGCCAAAAACUAUUUGCUCUUACCACAAGAACGACCCUUGAUGCAGGGUCCAAGGACAAGACCUCGGAAGCCGAUCCGCUGUGGUGAAGUAUUGUUUGCAGUUGGAGGUUGGUGUAGCGGGGAUGCCAUUUCGAGUGUGGAACGCUACGAUCCUCAGACCAAUGAGUGGCGAAUGGUGGCAUCCAUGAGCAAGCGUCGGUGUGGUGUCGGGGUCAGCGUCCUGGAUGAUCUCCUGUAUGCAGUUGGAGGACAUGAUGGAUCCUCAUAUCUGAACAGUGUGGAGAGAUAUGACCCAAAGACCAACCAGUGGAGUAGCGACGUGGCUCCCACCAGUACAUGUCGGACCAGUGUUGGCGUGGCAGUGUUGGGAGGGUAUCUGUAUGCUGUGGGUGGCCAGGAUGGCGUCUCUUGUCUGAACAUUGUGGAAAGGUAUGAUCCAAAAGAGAAUAAAUGGGCCCGUGUAGCUUCAAUGAGUACCAGGCGGCUUGGUGUGGCAGUUGCUGUAUUAGGUGGAUUUCUCUAUGCUGUUGGUGGAUCUGAUGGUACCUCGCCCCUCAAUACUGUUGAACGCUACAGUCCACAGGAAAAUCGCUGGCACACAAUAGCACCAAUGGGAACACGACGGAAGCAUCUUGGAUGUUCUGUGUACCAAGACAUGAUCUAUGCUGUUGGAGGUCGAGAUGAUACCACAGAGCUGAGCAGCGCUGAGCGGUUCAAUCCCAGAACUAACCAGUGGUCUCCAGUGGUAGCCAUGACAUCGCGCAGGAGUGGGGUUGGCCUUGCAGUUGUUAAUGGCCAGUUGAUGGCAGUGGGUGGGUUUGAUGGCACCACUUAUUUAAAAACGAUUGAAGUGUAUGAUCCUGAUGCAAACACGUGGAGAUUAUAUGGAGGAAUGAACUAUCGUAGACUGGGCGGUGGAGUGGGUGUAAUCAAAAUGACACACUGCGAGUCUCACAUAUGGUAACUGGUGAACUCGGUACAGUCUUUGCUGCUAGUGGACACUUGUUAAUAGAUUGGAAAGAAUUUAAUUGAGUGGGAAACGGUUGUUUGCCAAACAAAAUGAGACGUGCUCUCUGCUAAAUGAUCUAAAAAUGACUGUGCAAUAAAUGAAGUCUUGUGGAUUAAGCUAGACUUCUAUGCAGAUCUCAUGAACAUUUCUAAGGAUAUUGCACAUUAGUGCCUAUAUGUGUUUGUGUGUGGGGGAAAGUCUCAUUGAAGAUGGCUUGUGGCCCUCCACAUUGAAGGAAGAGGUGGAAUAUGUAGGGUUGCACCGCCGUUUCUCCUCGAAUGGCAGUGAUGAAAUUGACCUAUUUUGCCAAAUGUUUUGAGAAAUUUGAAAAGUGAAGUAACGCCAAGCACUCGGCUGGUAGUUGACGGAACACCCUUCAUUCCUGAAUGGCCGCAGGAGACAUGAUUAACGCUGGAGUUAAUCUGCAGUUGGCAGCAAACCAUUUCAAUGUCGCACACAAUACAGCUGAAAUCCUUAUGAAUGUUAAACUGGAGCAAAGAAAAACGCUCCCACCGCCCAUGGAAAGCUGAGUGCUAUAACUGCACAUAGCUACUGAGGUGUAUCUUUUUCUGAUCAAUUUUUUUGUGUACAGUAUAGUGAACAUAAGUUUCCUCUUCUGAAUGUGUAGGAGUAAUGCUAGUCAUGUGCUCCUGGAAUUUAAUAAAACCAAGAAGCCCCUUCCAGGGGUACUAUCGAUGAACGAAUGUAGUAUUCGUGUUGCAAAUUUUAUUUACUUAUUUAUACCCAACAUCAUGGAUAAAAAUCCUCUCAAAAUGCAGUCUUGACAUGUCUAUUGUCAUUGACAGAAGUGACAUGGCUUAUCAAAUUUUAAUUAAUUGUCUUCCUCAUUUCACCCCCAUUUUGGCUCUUCUCACCCCCCACCUCCCCAGGCUGGCAAACAUGUUUGCAAACAGUUUUCACAUUUGAAUGAGUACAAGUUGGAUCUUUGAUCAGUUUCAUCUCAUCAGAUCUUUUUACAUUUCACUUACACUAAAGAAAAGGUUGAUCCAUAGCUUUUUUUUUGCUCCUGUUAAUUUAUGAGAACAUUUUCAUGACUGGCAGAUAAAAGGUAAUGAGUAUUUUUGUUGUAAUAUUUUAUUGGAUCCCUGUGUGAAUAAAAUGGAUGUUGGUGGAUUGAAUAUUUUAUGUAACAAUAACUUAUCUCAAAUUGAAAUGAAUACACAGGCUUAUUUUUUUGUUUGAAGCAAGAGAUGGAGACUAUUCACAAAGUGACUAUUCUAAUUGGGAAAGACUACGAUAAAAUUGAAUUUCAAUAGAAUUUGAUCUUGUAGAAUUAAUCUUGCCUAAUCAAAGGAACCUUGUUGGCUUUGGUGGAAUUUGAUCUGGAGAGUUUUUAAGUGGUGCUAUAUUGUUAUACAUACCUGUAGUGUUUCAAUGUUUUAAAGAUGUUUCAUUUUUUAUUCAGCAUUUUCUGUAUUUAGUUUUUCCUGGUUUUGGUUUUUGCUGGUUACCCCCAGUCAGAAGACCGGUCGGUCGGUGUCUGGGACACAGACUUCAUCAUAUUAAUGCUACUCAAUAAAAUUAAGUGGUAUGUAUUAGAUGGGCUACCUUGCAGAUCUUCCACUUUUGUUUCCUCUUCUUUCUGCCCCCUCCCACCCACACAUCCCCGAGUGAAUGCUUCUCUGGCUCUGUGACCUGUAUCAUUUACCCUGGAACUCAGAAUCCCGCCGGAGGAUAGAAGGAAACCAAUGGAGGCUGAAAAUGAAAGCCAAGACAUUUGAAUGCAAGGCAAGUUUUCUUCCAUAGUUUAAUUUACAAGUCCCAACUUAUGUUGCUAUGUGGCAUCGUAACUUUCCAAAGAUGGGAUACCCAAUUAAAGAUGAAUCUGUCAGUGUCCGUUUGGCAAGAUCAGUUUGCAAACUCCUUUAUUUCUAUCCAGUCAUGUGCUAAAGAUUCUUAGAUAUUUCUUUGCAAUUUUUAAAAAACUUUUCUAAAGCGGUGCUGUUUUAUAUAGCCUCCCUUGCCUUCUCUCAAACCCUGUUAACACCAGUCUGGCAUUACAAUCUCAGCGAAAUCAAACGUAGUCUUGUUGUGCAAUAACUAAGAUAAUAAGUAUCCUAAUGUUAGGAUACACUAUAAAGUGUUGUGACUAUUAAAUGCUUCUUAUUCUAAUGUU